UCAGUCCUAUAACACAGCAGCAGCAGCAACAGCAACAGGCCCAGCAGCAGCAGCAGCAACAACAACAGGUCCAGCAACAACAGGUUCAGCAACAACAACAACAACAACAACAACAACAACAAUACGGACAGAGCGCCAACUCCUCUCCAGGAUCGUCCGGAUCGAUCAGUCGUCCACCAAUGAGCACUCAUAGGCAGCAUCUGCCAUCAUCACCAUCAUCGCCUUCGUCUGGAAGUAAUGUCAACAGUCAGUCGAUUCCUGCACACAUGAACUCCUCGUUCUCAUCUGUCGGAUCAGGCGAAGCUAUUGUCGCACACCCAGGGGCAGCAGCAGCAGCAGCAGUACAGAAUAUUUCGACGACGACACAGGAGAAUGCGGGCUAUGCCGAGGGUCAAACCGUAUCGGCCGAUUCUGUCCCGACCCUGGGCCCUUCACCCUCGGUCCCAAAAGCCGUAGCCGCACACUCGGAUUCGGCUCACGAGAGAGGAGUGUCCAGCCCUGGUGCGACGUCGUCGGCCCAUAUUGCCGGAACACCGACCUCGUCCCCUUCGCGCCAGCAUAUCCAUCCUGGACAUCCGCACCCCCACAGCCAUCACCAUCAGCGCGCGCAGAGUGCAGGUAGUCAUCAUCAUCAUCACGCGGGGUCGAGAUCAGGCUCAGGUUCAGGGGCAGGAGCAGGAAGUCACUCAUCAUCGUCGAGAAGGCAUAGGGGCAGGGGCGAGAGUCAGACGACGACGAUCACGACAGCGGCUGCAGCGGCGGCUGCAAGGCCGAGCACGACGGUUUCACCCGCACCGACUCCAGCGAUGCAUUGGUCCAGAGCAAAGGUCCAUGGACAGAUACCGCCAAAGGAACUGAGGGCACAAACGGUGAACUUGGUCGGAGAGUCUGUGUAUAUCUUUGGAGGAUGCGAUUCAAAGAAUUGUUUUAAUACGUUGUACAUCUUUGAUGCUGAUACGAUGCAUUGGUCGCAGCCAAAGACAUAUGGAUCUAUCCCGCCACCAUGUCGUGCUCAUUCCUCAACAUUAGUCGAUAAUAAGCGGCUCUAUGUCUUUGGAGGUGGUGAUGGUCCACAUUAUUUCAAUGAGCUCUAUAUGCUCGACACAGGUACGGGAUUGCGCCUUGUAUACACGUUAACAUGGACAAAUCCACAAACAACUGGAGAUAAACCCUGUCGCCGCCGCGCGCAUACGACUUGUGUGUAUAACAACUGCAUCUACGUGUUCGGAGGAGGCGAUGGGGUGCAGGCUCUGAACGACACAUUUAAGCUGGAUCUGACAGAGAUGAGGUGGAGUGAAAUCAGGACGACGGGUCAGGUUCCGAUCGCCCGGGGUUAUCACACCAGCAACCUGAUAAAGUCGCAGUUUAUUGUCUACGGAGGAAGCGAUGGACACGAGUGCUUCCCGGACGUGCACGUCUUGGAUCUCGACACGCAAGAAUGGGUGAAGAUUGACAUUAAUAGGGCAUUACCAAGGCUGUCACAUACGGCCACACAGGUAGGCUCGUAUCUGUUUGUGAUCGGUGGACACGAUGGCAGCCGGUACUCUUGCGAUGUUGUAAUGCUGAACUUGGUGACAUGGUCUUGGGAAACCAGAAAGAUUUAUGGGAUUCCACCUGCAGGACGGGGAUACCAUGCAUCAUUGCUGUACGACUCGCGGCUCUUUGUGUUUGGCGGAUACGACGGACAGACGGUUUUUGACGACAUUUACAUCCUGGACCUGAGUACUUGUGCGUAUCUACCGCAGAUCACGGAUUUCCAGAUUUUACUCCGUCGCGUUGAUCAGGACGAGGAGGACGGAAAUUACGGCGGGCGCGCGGCCCAACAGCUGCUGCAACAGUGAGUGGAGCACGGCACAGGUCUACGAGACUCCAAUGGAUUGAACUUGGAACGAGGGUGAAGAAAAAAAAAAUAGAGUACAUUAACAGCCCAAUCGAGUGAUAAAGGUCAAGAGGUACUGUUGUUGUCUAUAGAGAGGAAGAAGGACGAGAGCAAAGGGAUGGUUCUCGAUCUAAUUGUCCAACAAUAAAACAAAAUAAAAAAAGAAUGCAC